AUGAAUGUCCGUAUCUUGUCGUGGACGAUCUUCUUUCUCCUUUCUCGUCAUCAUCUUAGUGCUGCAACAGAUGAUUAUUCAUUGAAGAUAGGUCAUCUAAAACCGUUCGGAGAAGCUGGAUCUAAAGUUGAAGUGCAACAGAUUGAUGGAUUUCCAACUAUGAAAACCUUCUUUCAGGAUUAUUGGGCCAAGAGCAAACCAUUCAUCAUGAAAGGUGCCGCGAAAUCCUAUCCUGCUUUUACGUUAUGGUCUGACGAUUACUUUCUAUCAUUUCCGGAAGCAUCAACAGUAAAUAUUUUUGCCGAAGUGCAAAAGAAGGAAAAUCGUACGCUGCAACCUAAAUUUCCAACAUUCCAAGAAUUUAUACAACGCUAUAAUACAACACAAGAAUACAUGGUUGACAAAGUACCUAAAUUCCUUCAGAAGGAUCUGUGGAUGCCGUCAUGCAUAGCUUGCGAUACGAUACCCCAUUCUAAUCAUGUGAUGUGGUUUAGUAGUGGUGGCACUAAAUCUGUGUUACAUUUUGAUGGCUAUGAAAAUCUUAAUUGCCUACUUCGUGGCAGUAAACAGUUCAUUAUGAUUGACAGAAAAUAUCCCAAUAAGGGUUUCAUUGAUAAGCCAAGAGGCACUUAUUCUACCGUUGAUGUCGAUAGGGUAGACCUAAAUAAAUUCCCAACACUUGCUAACGCAGAAUACCAUUUUGCACACAUGGAAGCCGGCGAUUGUAUCUAUAUCCCUCUCUACUGGUCACAUCAUGUCAGGUCUUUUGGUCAUAAUAUAGCGGUUAAUGUAUGGCUUGAGCCAAAAAAUGCUACAUGUAUCGACCUGAGCGGGUGCCAAGAAGCUAAGAAACUAACCCAUUAUUCAUGUCGUAGAACUGGUUUGAAAGCAUCACUUAAUACGGAGAAAGUGGUCACCAAGAUUAAUUUUUUUAUAUAUUUAGAUGAGAUAUUUAAGGUCUUUGAUACAAAUAAUGAUGGAAAGAUAACUAGCUUAGAGGUGGAAAAUAUCUCACAGACUGACAUAGACCAAUUGAAUCAAUUUUAUGACCAUAUAUCCAGUACCAAAUUCGAAGCUAUCGCUACAGGAAGAGUUAUUGAUAGUGGCCAAGAUUCAGCUCCAACAGUAAAAGUAUCGUCUACCGAUCAAGAUGAACUAUAA